CAAGUAGAUCCAGAAACGUUGUAUGACGUAAACGAGAGGAUAGGUCGAGGAGCCUUCGGCGAGGUCUUCAAGGGCGUAGACAAGCGGACUCUGCGUCCAGUCGCCAUCAAACGCAUCGACUUGGAGGAGGCAUUGGACGAGUUGGAGGACAUACAACAAGAGAUAAGUAUCCUCUCGCAGUGCGAUAGCCCCUACAUCACCAAGUAUUACGGUUCCUACCUCAAAGGGACCAAGCUGUGGAUCAUCAUGGAGUUCAUGGGUGGUGGGUCCGCUCUUGAGAUUCGCAAGGCCGUCAAGAUUGAUGAGCCCAAUAUCGCCACCAUUUUGCACGAGGUUCUCAUGGGCCUAGCCUAUCUGCAUGGUGAAGGAAAGCUCCACCGUGAUAUCAAAGGCCAGUUGUGUUUUCAUUCCCAUAUUCUAUUCUCUCUUAUUUCAUCAAAUCAAAAUUCGGAACCGCCUCUAGCUUUCUCAUUACAAAAUUUCAUUGUCAUAAGUUUGAAUUUCAAAAACACAGAAGCCAUCGCAUUCUUUCAACCUUUUGUGUGA